CCGGCCCCCAUAUGGACAUCGUUUGUCGGAGACAUGUCGUUGCCGUUUCCCGGAGAGGGAUCCCGGUCCGGCCGUUCGACUUUCCCACCUGUGUGCUGUCUUUUGUGCGUCAGUUCUAAUGCAUAAAACCGUCGAGCCGCUGUCUCGCCGUUCGGAAAGACGCCGUCCAUCAGACGACGGCUUCCUAUCGUCCCUCGUGUCCAUGCCGAGCCUCACCAGUAUAUGGCCUUGGUUCCUCAUCUCCGUUCCCUUACCGCCAGCCGUCUCCCGUCCGAAGAAUUCGAGAACGAUCACGGUUCAUCCUAGCUUCCUUGAUCCUUACUGUCGCCAACGCAAUCCCGCCUCGUCACCCGCUCAAAGAAAAAGAGUCCGGCUUCAUGCUACAUCAGCCAGGAAUGCAUAUAUAGACCUGCCCUCUGCUUGCUCUUGUCCUCCUCCUCAGCACCAUCAUCAUCAUCAACAACAACAACAACAACAACAACAACAACGAACAACGACAACAACAGCAGACAUUGACCACUCGGACAAUCUACAAGCACACUUGAACCCAUACGCUUCCACGACCUUGAACACAUCAACACUUCCUCACUCCACUUCCUACAACCCCAUAAUCUUACUUUGAACCUGGAAACACGACAAAAAUGUGCCACACAAUCCCCGCCCACGCUUGCCACUACAACAUGAACAAGCCCGAGCAGCAGGAACUGGUCAACCGGCAGGGACAGGGAGCCUUGGUUGACUUUGCCAAUGUGAGUACCAAGACAGUUCACUGUUACCCUUACCCACCUGGGCC